AGGAUAGACGUCACUAGCCGUUAUAGAGCAUGAGGUUUAAAACCGGCAAGCUUGCAGAGUAUUGAGUUGUAGUGCCAGAGUUUUUACAGGUACCAGCACGCGUUACACAAGCCCACCUGAGACAGCUGAUAUAAACACUUACCUGACAAUUACUUAAUUUUCAAUCAUUUGGCAUUCUGGGAAUUUAUUGUUGAUGAAUACUUAAUUUUGCAUUUUGUUAAUUCUGGAAGACUGGAGAAAAAAAUUAUUUGCAGACAGAUUCCCAUAGAUUCUACGUCAGCCGGAGUUGAGUACAGGCUAUUUGUAGAUGAUGGUGGUGGAAUUUAUGCUGUGUUUUGUGAAUGCGUAGAGAGUACAUUCUUUACGAGUAGGCAUUGACGUAAAACUGGGUUUCAUCUUCGAGAGGCGAUAUUUAUUAGCAUAUCUCAUAAUCAGAGCAACCACUUCAGUGAUUAAAGACUUGAAGAAAAUCAGCUGAAAAGAGGAAUUCACUGGUCUAAAAGUCUGUGACACAAGCAUCUGGGACCUUUUUUUAAUAGGCGUGCAACAUUUAUUUAAACUGUUUCCAAACUUCAAGGACUUCAAGAUGGAUGUCGAUAUCAUAAAGAUGGAGCCAGGGAGCCCUUUAGGUCUCAGUCGCUGCGGCCACUCCCUGUCCCUGGAAGAAAGCUUCGGACGUGAUGUCUUUGCAGACUACAACAAUGACGAUUACGGAUCUGAUGGUUCUUACCAAGGCAACAGUGCCGACAACAGUGGCAACAUAUCCCCCUGCAGCAUUGAUGACAGUUCAUCUCCUAUUGACACAAGCAAAUUAGACUUCAUUAACAAUAUUGCAACUUCCAUCACAAACUCCAUUAAUUGUGAUCAGGAGAACAUUGAACUGCCUAAGAGACUUUGUUUGGUGUGCGGUGAUGUGGCAUCAGGCUACCACUAUGGGGUGUCUUCGUGUGAGGCUUGCAAAGCUUUCUUCAAAAGAACCAUCCAAGGAAACAUUGAAUAUUCUUGCCCUGCCAAUGGAGACUGUGAAAUUACUAAAAGAAGACGAAAGGCCUGUCAAGCAUGUCGGUUCCAGAAAUGUCUGCGAGUGGGCAUGCUCAGAGAAGGUGUCCGUCUCGAUAGAGUUCGUGGAGGCCGCCAAAAAUACAAGCGCACAGUCGACUCUGGCCCCAUUGUGCAGCAGAUUUUCCCAAUGAUCAAGAAAGCGUGUGUAGAAAGCACCAAAUCAGAUUUCUCUUCAGAUAACAAAAUUUUGACACAACUCAUAAGCAUCGAGCAGCAGCUAGACAAACUGUAUGUCAACACAGAGUCAGAGAUUCUGGAGGGCGGGGAGGAGGUGCGCUUUCUUGCCACUGUGUCCGAUCUAGCAGACCGGGAGUUAGUCAUCACCAUUAGCUGGGCCAAACAGGUUCCAGGAUUUUGCACCCUAUCCCUCAGUGAUCAGAUGAACCUAUUGCAGCAUUCAUGGUUGGAAAUCCUAUGUUUAAAUCUUGUAUUCCGUUCCUGUCCCUACAAUGGCUACCUCAAAUUUGCCGAGGACCUUCAACUCUCUGUGGAUGAAUGUAAACUCUGCCACUGUUCCCCAGAACUGGAUGGGAUCUCACGAAAACUUGCCAAGAAAUUCACAGACAUGGAGGUCACCAAGGAAGAGUAUCUACUGCUGAAAGCCAUGACUUUAUGCAAUAUAGAUGUGGCUAUUGAGAAUAGUGAAGCAGUGAGGCAGCUCCAGGACAAAUUACAAGACUCCCUGAUCGAAUACGUCAAAUACCGCUAUGUUGGAAAUCUAAGGCGCUUGGGGCAUCUAUACAUGCUUCUCCCAGCUCUCAAUCACAUGAAAUUGCUGGCUAAGCAGUACUGGUUUGAUGUAAAGAAAGACGGAAGGAUCAUGAUGCAUAAGCUGUUUCUGGAAAUGUUGGAGGCAGACUCUUGACGAUGCUUACUAAGGAAGAUAACUCUUACAUAGUGUUAAGUUUUUUCUUUGCAAGCAUGUGAUAUAUUUUGUAAUUAGCUUUCACAGAGGAAGUCUAGAAAACAGAUGCAGUUCACGGUAUAUUUUUAGUAUAAUUAUGCAAAUUUAGAUUUGUGUAAGGUUUUUGUUGUUUGUUUUUUCUUGUUAAAGCAUUUUUCUUAUGUAUAUAAAUAUAUACCUUAUGUAUAUAUCAUGACAUUUGUGUGAAGUGCAUAGAAUACAUAGACAUUUUAACUGUGUGAUGUAAUAGUGUGUGCAAGAGUCGGAAAAAAUGUUGUUAUACUUACCCAGAUCUCAAAGCUACCAUAUUAAGAUUUGUUUAUCCCCUGAGGAAUUUUUUGAAGCAUUAACUAUCACAGAAUCUUUUCUUGCAAGUUUUUGCUGGUUUGGAGUUUUGAGAAGAAAUACCCAUUCAUAUGUGAUCUAAGAAGGGGUAAAACUUUUUAUGCAAAGAAAUAUACGUCGGUGUGCACUCAUAAAUCAGACAUGGAACAGUAUAUCCUACUGAACCAUAAUGAAACUUGUAAGCAAAUGAUUUUCCCCCACGGUUAGCAUCAGUAGUGCUAAACAUUGUGCCAAAUCUACAAACCUUGUUUUCACCCACAGUAGACCAGGCUAUAUAUAGUAUCCCGUUUUUAUGUUGAAUCAACUCCAUUCAUUCCAAUAUUUUGCCAUUUUCCACUGUAGUUAUUGGCCCCUAGUCAGAAGGCAGCAGUAGCAAAUACGGAGUUUCCCUGAACAAAUCCUUUGACCUCUACCUAAUAGGAUCCCCUUUUGUAGUUUUUAACUGUUUAGAAGAUGGCUCCUCACCACUUGUUGAUGGUGUGGACCAUUUAAUUGGAGACCCCUCAAGGUGUUUUUGGUUUUUGUUGCGAGGGAGUAGGAGAGGUGUCUGAUCAUUCCCACCUGCCUGUUGUGUAUAUUUUUACCAAUCCAUGUAUCAUCAAUAUGCUCUGACAGAUAGAAUGAAAACUGGACUGAAUGAAAUUAUCAGAAGAUUAAUGAUAAGAAUUCUUUGGUAUUUCCCAUUAAGAUAAAAAGAAAGUUUGGUAGCUUUUUAUCUUUUCUUUUUUUUUUUUGUAUUCUGUGAUUGGAUGUAAAUGGACCAAUUAUCAUGAUGCAAACUACUAGUCAUAUUUAAUAAAGUGUCUGCUCCUGUAGGCUCCGCUAUAAUGUCCGUCCACAAUUUUCUGAUAUGUCUCUUCUGUACCGCAAAUUUAAUUUGGCAGAUGCAUGCAAACUUUUGAUUAGUAAAUAAUAUCUGAACUCAAGAUUUUUUUUAUAAUAUCACAAAAAAGGAUUUUUAACACAGAUUACAAAAAAACAGUGGGAAAAGAAGAGUCGAAGUGAUAAUUGGUUGAAUGGUUGUAAAGUGGUGCAUGAGGUUUCUUUAAAGCUUUGAUUUUGAAACCGUAAUUGUAUAUAGAUAUAUAUAUAUGUAUGCAUCAAAUCUGUACAUAGGACGUGUUGAUAUUGAUGUUACGGAUUUUUAAACAGAGUGUUAUUACCUAUAUUCCUAGAUAAGUAUGAUCACAUGUAGAGCUGCGUUUUAUGACGUGUGAUAGGUAUAUUAGAGUUUCGUCAUCAAGUAGUGCCGGGUGGCUUGUUUUCCAGUUGUUAACGUUUUAUUUCUCCAAGUACCUAUACAAGUAUGCCAUAUAUAUACCAUGUAUGUUUGUUGGUUUGUGUUUGUUUUUGAUUUUUUUUUUUUGUCGGUGCAUUUAAAUUGGAAGAGAAGCUAAUAAUCUGACAGAUCUGCUUUGUAUGAGGCUUUCUAUUGUAUUGUGUUAAAUGUAUUAGUACCAACUGACUGUAUAGAUGGGUGAUGUUACAGAGAGGGUUAGGAUUAAGGUCCGCAAUGACUGGUAUUUAUAUGCAAGAAAUGUGUAUUUAUGUAACAGAUAAAAGGUCAAACUGUGCUUUGGUGGGAAGCCAGCUAAUCAGGUAGCACUCUGCAAUGGGAAGCCAAGGUCGCAGCUUGUUUUCAGUUUUCUCAGGAGUUCCAAAAUUUCCUCAGGUUUUAUUUUGUAGUUCGUGAUAUUGAAGACUGAUUUCAUAGGCAUACUUACAGUGAUUAUGUAAUAAUUCAAUAUUCAAACUUUAUUUAUAUAUCAACAAAGUUCUGUGAUGAUGAAAAAAAAUUUCCUAUGUACUUUAUGAAAAACUGGUGCACAAAUAGAAUGUAAAACAAUUAGAAUUAGGUGAUGCAUUUUCUGCAUGAAGUCAUGCAUUACUGUAUCUAUGAUCUAUGUAAAUUUUUUUCUCACGGGUUGCAAUGGUUGAGCUGUAUUUCACACUUGAACUUUUUUCAUCAAUGAACAUAGAUUCAUAUGUAGUACCUUUGUUACCCCGCCAUGGUUUCAUCAGCAUUCUGUGUGUCAGUAUGUAUAGGGUUUUACACAACAAUGGCCAACUUCUUUCAUAUGAAAAUUUUGGAAUGUAAAUCUUAAAUAAUGCAGUCUCUGUGGAUUACUUUAUUUUAGCCAAAGUGUAUAACAAGCAGUACUGACGCUAGACAAAUAUUGAUGAAACCAUAGUACUUUUACCUGAAGAAAACUGAGAAUGACCUAUGGUGGUCUUGAAGGAUUCAGAAGAAAAUUUUAUUGUACCAUAUUAUUUAUUAUAACAUUACAUCAUUAAUCAGACCUCAGAGCUCAUAUAGGAAGAGAACAAUAGAUCGCGUUCUAUCACUGUAAACCAUUGAACUAGAAUUGUACAUAGUUUAUUUAUAUAUAUAUUAAGUUAUAUUUAAUCUUAUAUUUCCAAUCUUGACUUUGGUUUGAGAUGUUGGGGAGAAGGAUUCUGAUUUAUGAAAUUCUUCGUAACCAUUCAACUUAAACCAAUAUUUAUUCUAAAGUAAACAAUGCCUCUGCAUGGAAUUCAAUAUGUUUGAAAGAAAAACAUGCAUAGCAGUUAAAAACUCAAAAAUUAAAAAAAAAAAAAAAAAUUAUUCAAAAUAAAAAAUACAAAAAAAUGUUAAAAGCAACAGCGAAAAAAAAAAACAAAAAAAAGGAAAAAAGAAAUGAAAAAAUGAAAAAAAAAAAAAAAAAGAUAAAAAUGGAGAAAAAAGACCAAAAAAAUGAAAAUAAUCAUGCCUUACUUACCUUUAUCAAAAAAAAACAUCUAAAAUACCAAACCAGAAAAAAAAGUUAAAAAAAGAGAAAAGCAAAAAAAAAAAAAAAAAUUAAAUUAUCAAAACAAAAAAAAAAUUUUAAAAAUUAUGAAAAAAAUUAAAAAUUAGACGCUUAUCAUCCUUCAGUGAGAUGAUCGGUGAAUACAAAAAAAAGUUUAAAAAAUAAAAAAGAUUAAAAAAAAAAACCGAAAAGUGAUGUACAGAAACAGAUUUUAAUCAUGCUUUCACGGUAUCAUUUCCACACGAGUAGUUGUUAGAUUUACAUGUAGUUAAGUUCAUGGUUUACAGUGAAAGAUACACCAAUUAUAUCAUUCCAUUCACAACGGCUUCAUCCAUCAUUAGAAAACAUUUUGUUUUUUACGUUUUGAACAAGAUUAUAUAUUAUAUAUUAUACAUAUUAUAUUCUUUAUUGGAGGAUUUUAUAAUGAUGGAAAUCCCAAAUACUUUAUAUAUUUGUUCGACAGAAUCAUUUUCAUGUAAAACAUAUCACAAUUGAAGCUAAGCAUUUACUUUCUUAAGAGGAAUUUAGGCAAUCUUUGGAUGAAAAAAAAGUUGAUGUCUAAUUCUCUAUUUGGGUUUUAACAUGUAUUAUUUUUUUAUUAAGGUCUUAUUAUUAAUGUUCACAAAAUUGAUAUCAUUUUUGAGUAAAUUUUAACGAUUCAUUAUUUUAGAAAAUUGUAAAACUUCCUGGAAAUUUUUAUGGAAUCUUUAGAACUACUGAGGAGGAACAGCGUUAUGUUAAGGUCAUUUACAUUUUGAUAGUUCAGUUUUCUGUUAAAAAUCUUAUUUAUUCAAAAGAAUUUAAAUUUUUGUUUAGUAUUUUUUCAAUAAAUGAUUAUUUAUUUUUAUGUUUACCAAGAAUAAAAUGUGGCUGGUUUACUUGAAAAUGAUAAAUGUUGUUGGUAGGUUUUAAAUGUCUUUGAAUUUAGAACUGGCAACUUAUUUUCUUCUUCUUGAAUAAAAUUGCAACAACAAAAAUAUAAAUUUAAAUUUUUUCAAAACCUUUUUCUGUUCUAUCUGUUAAAAAGCUUCAUGAAUUCUUCCUUAUUGAAUUUAGCCCUGAUAAAAAUCCUUCCCACUUAUUAUCAAACAUAAUGAAAUUAAAGAAAAAUACUGCAAGGUGCUUUUUACAAAUAGAUUCUUCAUUACUUCUUUCAUCUAUUUUUUACAAACAUUCAUAUCACAGUCCUUAUGAUCCAGAUAUAUCUUGUCUAAAAAAAGAAAUCCUUGCUCUCUCCCUUUGCAUUUUAAUGUCUAGUUAGAAAGCAUGUUUCCCCCUACAACUUUGAAAACCUGGAUUUGCUUGGUUUAAAAUGUAGGUACACUGGCUCUACAAACGGCCACACUAUUGCAGAUUCUUAAAUGAAUUCUAUGACACAAAUUAUAGAAUAAAACAUUUUCCAACAACUUUCUUAAAAAAAAAAACAAUUUCAGAACUAUUUAAACAGAGAAAGGAACUUUUUCUAUACUUUUUUUUAAAUAUUCCAAUCUCUUGAUUAAGGUUGCUUAUCAAUCAGCAAAGUUCUACAACUUUUGAUGAAACAAUGUACAUUUCAAGAAUUCCAAACUGUUCAAUUAACGAAAGGUAGAUUUGAUUUGAAUUUACUGUAAUGUUUUAGUUUUGUUACUGACUUUUUAGACCCCUUUAAUGUGUUACAACUUGGGACUUUGCUGAUAUAUUUGCCCUUAUGAAAAGGAUUCAUUCAAAUGUUAUAAUGUUAUAUCCGAGAUAUACCUUGUUACUGUUCUUAAGACAAAAAGUGUAUUUUCUUAGAAGUUAUCUUCAAAAAUAAAGCCAGUAUUGAAUGUGA